AUCAUAAAACGGGUCUUCGGUGUCAAGGACUUUUCAGUAGUAAACUAUGCUGUGAAAUGUUUAUAUCUUCUUCUUCGAUCUCAUUGGGCCCCAUUUUCUUCUUCUUCUUUUCCCCUUCAUCGCCUAUCCUCUCUUCUCUCUCUCUCUCUCGAAUCUUGUUCCUUUGCUCCUCUGCGUUUUUUUUACAUCUAUACUUCAUACAUCUUGAGGUCGGUGUUUGAGUUUUUCUUUGAUCGGUGAGAUCUAAUCGUAGUCGGUGGAGCCUGGUUUACUGAAAAGUUAUUGAAGCUCACGUUUUUACUGGGAGGGGUUUUACUAGGGGUUUGUGGGUGAUGAAGAGAGGGAAGGAAGAGGAGGAGAAGAAGAAACUGGAACCAAUGUUUCCUCGACUUCAUGUGAACGAUGCAGACAAAGGAGGAGGACCUCGAGCUCCUCCUAGAAACAAGAUGGCUCUCUACGAGCACCUCACCACCCCUUCUCACAGGUUUACUGAUCAUAGUUCCUCGCCACGUCACACCAACACUCUCUUUCCUCCUCCUCCUGGACCAUCUAACCAGCCUUGUGGGGUGGAGAGAAACUUGACUUCCCAGCAUCUUGAUUCUUCAGCUUCUGGCCAUGUAACCCAAAUGUCCUCCAUGGAAAAUGUGACAACUUUAGCACAUCGUCGUGGUGAUCAAAGGAAAACGCUAAGAGAGGAAGAUGAUUUUGCGGUUCCUGUAUAUGAUAAUGAUAGCUCAAGAAGAUUUCAAUGUCCUCUUGAAAAGUCAGCAUCGGGUUGUGAAAGAGUUAAUGCUUCCUUGUUGAGACAAGAGUCUACAAGUAGUAGGUUAGACCAUGAAACUGGAGUGAUGGAAACUGAUGAUGGAGUUGAAUCUCAUGGCAAUCCUAAUGACGUCGAUGAUGAUGAUGAUUCGAUAUCCAGCAUAGACGUCUCUCCUGAUGAAGUUGUGGGAGUAUUAGGUCAAAAACGUUUCUGGAGAGCAAGGAAAGCUAUUGCCAAUCAACAAAGAAUAUUUGCGGUUCAAUUAUUUGAGUUGCACAGGCUGAUUAAGGUUCAAAGACUUAUUGCUUCAUCAUCGGAUGUCUUGCUCGAUGAGAUCAGUUAUCUUGGAAAUGUUCCAGUGAAGAAGCUUCUUCCCUCUGAAUUUAUAUUAAAGCCUCCUCCUCUACCACAGGUUACCAAACACAGAAGCAGCGACUCCGAGAAGACUGACCAAAAUAAAAUGGAAUCCUCAGCUGAGAACGUAGUCGGGAAGUCGUCAAACCAAGGUCAGCAGCAUCAACCGUCCAACUACAUGCCUUUUGCGAGCAACCCACCAGCUGCAAAUGGAUGUUACUAUCCUCCUCAGCAUCCUCCUCCCUCUGGAGGAAAUCAGCAAUGGUUGAUCCCUGUAAUGUCUCCUUCCGAAGGGCUAAUAUACAAGCCUCACCCAGGUCCAGGUCACACAGGGUCGCCGGUCUGUGGAGGCUACUAUGGUCAUUUUAUGCCUGCACUGAUGAUAAUGGGUAGUUUCAUGGACGGUGGUCCACCUCCGUUUCACCCGGGCGUUGGCAAUGGCUACUUCCCUCCUUAUGGUAUGAUGAACCCUUACGGUUCAGGCCAUCAACAACAACAGCAGCCCAAUGAGCAAAUGAAUCAGUUUGUGCAUCCUGUGAACACCCAACAACAGAGCUCCGUCAAUGAAGCGAUCUCACAACAACAGCCAACACAAUCUUAUCCUCGGGCUAGAAAGAGCAGGCAAAGGAGCACAGGAAUCAGUCCAAGUGGAAUCUCUGGUACGAACUCCUUUCGGCCAUUGUCAGUGGUUGAUGAUGAUGAUGAUGACAACAAUGAGCCUGAGCAAAUGAUGACUACUACCACAACAACAACAAGAACAACUGUUACUCAGACAACAAGAGAUGGAGGUGGGGUGACGAGAGUGAUAAAGGUUGUUCCGCACAACGCAAAGCUGGCGAGUGAGAAUGCUGCUAGGAUUUUCCGGUCGAUACAAGAAGAACGUAAACACUACUAGUACCUUUACUAUCAUUUCCUAUAGGAACACCAUCAAUGGCCAGAAUAACAUCAUCCUUUUUCAGAAAGUUGUAAGCAUCGGACAGCGGGUUUAUUUCGUUUACAAGAAUCCCUGUCAUAUCUUUGCUCAUCUUGAAAUAGUCACGAAUUUGUGCA